GAAGUAUCUGACACAUUUUUUCAAGCGUAUCAACAGUAUGAUCAUUUCAACAUAGAUCCUGACGAUCCUCAAGAAGAAGCUGCUGGAAAUAGAAUUGAAGAAAUAGGAUCUGAAGACACUAUAACUGAAGUUCUGAAUAACAAUUCAUCCUCUGAAAGUUCUGAAGAUAAUAUGGCUAGAAACCCUCCAGAUCAAGCUAGAGCUCUUAAUAAUCUUGCUGAUUAA